GUGCGCAGGGACGAGCACCGUAAGGGGAAGGUGAAGGUGGUUCUGAAAAGUUGCAGUUUAGAUAAAGAGUCUUGACAUGUUUUCACAGCCUUGGUCAUUGUGUUUCUUGAUAUUCUUUUGUGACUUUUUCCCAUUGAAGCGUAUCGUAGUAGGAUUUCGACGUUUUUGUUCGUGUCGGCAUCUUCUUUCUCAACGCCAGGGCCCUGAACUGACAUUCCCCAAAGGCUGGCUGCGGGCUGAUUGUACUCUUAAGCAAGUCAAAGCUCACUAUGGGCUCGAAAGUUUAUUGUCGUCAUUAGUUCAAGCCAAUUGAACGAUCUCACAUCACUCUUGACGGCCUCACAUCACCCAGAACGGUCUCAUAUCACUCCUCACGGCGUUACCGAAGAAUAUGUACUCACG